UAAACAACGACAACAUGCGCUCCUCGAAACCCACCAAGGCACAUCACGAUGAAAGAGAUGCAGCAGCCGAGCAACUCACCAAUUGGUACAACCAAAUGAAGGACAAAAUCGGCUACUCCACCAACAACGCGGGUAUACAGUUAAUAAACAAAGACGCGAGUCUGACGGCAGGAAAAUACGGCCCCAUUGUUCUGCGCGACUUCGAAUUGAUUCAACAACUCCAGUCUUUCGAUAGAGAGAGGAUCCCCGAGAGGGUGGUGCACGCCAAAGGGGCCGGCGCGUUUGGUUACUUUGAGUGCACCAGCCAAACCAUAAGCAAACUGACCGUGUCUAAAGUAUUCGAAAAAGUUGGCAAGCGAACAGAUAUCGCCGUAAGAUUUUCACAAGUGGCUGGAAGUUUGGGUUCGGCCGACACCGUCAGGGAUCCCAGAGGUUUCUCGAUAAAGUUUUACACAGAAGAGGGAAACUGGGACCUGGUGGGCAACAACACGCCUAUAUUUUUCAUGCGGGAUCCCAUUCAUUUUCCCAUGUUCAUUCACUCGCAGAAAAAGAACCCCGUCACGAAUUUGCGCGACUGGGACAUGUUUUGGGACUUUUUAGUCAAACGACCAGAAGCCGUGCACCAAUUCAUGAUCCUCUUCUCUGACAGAGGUUUACCGGACGGGCAUAGACACCAGCACGGAUACGGUUCCCACACGUUUUCUCUAAUCGGAGAAAACAGGAAAUUGACUUGGGUGAAAUUCAUUUACAAAACCGAUCAAGGAAUAAGAAACCUGGAUCCGAAAGAGGCGGACAUCCUGGCCGGUCAGGAUCCGGACUACGCCUUGCGCGACCUGUACGACGCGAUAGAACAAGGAAAAACGACGGGAAAAUACCCGUCCUGGACGUUCUACAUUCAAACAAUGACUCCUGAGCAAGCCAAGACGCAGACUUUCAAUCCAUUCGACAUAACCAAAGUCUGGCCGCACGACAAAUUCCCGUUACAGCCCGUUGGAAAAUUCGUUCUCAACAGAAAUCCAUCGAACUAUUUCGCCGAUAUCGAACAGCUGGCUUUCAGCCCCAGUAAUUUUACACCCGGUUUCGGUCCUUCGCCGGAUAGGCUUCUGCAAGGAAGACUCUUCAGCUAUCCCGACACCCAUUUGUAUCGUUUAGGAGCGAAUUACCAGCAAUUACCGGUCAAUCGUCCUACAACGACUGUGUCCAAUUUCCAGCGAGACGGUGAAUCGGUGCUCUACAAUCAAAACGGCGCCCCCAAUUACCACCCCAACAGCUUCGGCGGGCCGGAUGUGAACCCGUUGGCCAAGAGUUGGACCAAUCCUCCGGAGGACGUCAAUGCCCAAGUGGAUUAUUACGAUCUCGUCGACGACGACAACUACACGCAGCCGAAGCAGUUUUGGAACAAAGUCUUGGACGCCUCGGCCAAAAACCGGCUCGUCGAAAACAUCGCCGGCGCCCUCUCUAAAGCCAGGACGGACAUACAGAAAGCGACGGUGGAAGUGUUCAAAAACGUCGACGAAACUCUGGGCCAGAGAUUGGGUCAAAAAUUAUCGACUUUACAAGUCCAUUUGUAAAACACCGUUUCAAAACCAAUAAAACUUCAAUAGAUGAAAAACAUGUGAUACGAUUUCGUAAUUCUUUCCUCGGUCAAAGUUUAAGAUUAAAGGUUAUCAAAGAAGAAAACGAAAUUAGACAAAUUUUUA